GUCUGUGGGGACGUCACGGCCUGAAUUGUCUUGUCUGUGUCUGUCUGUGCAGACAUGGAGGUGACGGAGGAGCAGCAGUGGCGGCAGGUGGAGGAGCAGGUGGAGCGGCUGCUGAACGGUCAGGGGUCGGAGGUCAGCGGGUGUGACCUGGGCCUGGAGCAGAGCAAACCAGCAGCUCUGAGGAAGACCGUCACCUACAUCGUCUGCGGCGUGAUCUUCAACGAGAAGGAGGAGGUGCUGAUGGUGCAGGAGGCGAAGCAGGACUGUUAUAAGCAGUGGUACCUGCCUGCAGGGAGGGUGGAGGUCGGGGAGAGCCUGGAGGAGGCGCUGAGGAGAGAGGUGAAGGAGGAGGCGGGGUUUGACUGUGAGCCAAUCACCUUGCUGCUGAUCCAGGAACAGGGACCACAGUGGAUCCGCUUUAUCUUCUUGGCCAGAGUCACAGGUGGCAGUUUAAAAACUCUGUCAGCAGCGGAUCAGGAGUCUCUUCAGGCCUCCUGGUGGGACAGACAGUCCGUCCUCCCCCUGAGAGGACGAGACAUCCUCCGUCUCAUCGACUGCGGCCUCAAGUACCGUCAGGAUCCCUGGCACCCCGUUACGUUACCGUUAGACCUGAGCUGCCGUCACGUGGUGCAGAGACUCGUCCUGGUCUUCACCGGCGCUGAGCAGCAGGUCUGGGUCCUGCUCAUCAAAGCUCCAGUGCUCCACCUGCCCACAGCGGCGGCGGUGAAAACCCACGCGGUGACGUGGGCGGCCAACAUGGUGGUGCAGGAAGCCAUGCCGUCAACGUACUACGACCACGACGUCAACACGGUGGGGGUCUUCAGCCUGCAGCACAACGGCCGACAACACGGCAAGACGGACGGCGUGUGCUUCAACACGCUGGUGGCGCUGGUGCCAGACCACGUCCAACGCAACGAGGAUGGCGAGAAGGUGGAGGUGGCCGGGACGGGACGGCCUCCACCCGUAGAAAACCCACGAUACGUGUGGCACGAAGUCCAGAAACAAACUCUGAGAGAGAAACUGCUGGAAAAGACCAAGAACAUGUCGAUCUUACCGAUCCACAGCCUGUACUGACCAAACAUAUCACUGAUCACCUGUGAUCCAACAAGACAGGAGCUCUUAUUCUAGAAGAAAUGUUAUUUAUGUGUAGGAUCAAAUGUGAACGGAGCAAUAAAAUAAUAACGUUUAUGAUUUUAUAAGAAAUAUUCUGAUUUAAAAGAAUCCUUCAACACUCAAA